AUGACCGGACCUGUGGAGGACAACGCCAAGUGUUACCCUCCGCCCAGCGGCGUCUGCCAGUUCCUCAGACUGGAGGAUCUCUUCAAACUGGGAGAGCCGCAUCACCGCAAGGAGCACUACCUGUCUGGAGCCAGAGAGGCUGAUGGGAUGAAUAAAGUGAUUUAUUCAUUUAAAAACAUUGUGGACCGCCUCUUCAUCGGCGCCGCCAUCGACGGGAAGUCGGAAUAUUUCCCGACGCUGUCCAGCAGGAAGAAGCUGGUGGCGGACGAAGAGAGCGUCAACAUGUUCUCUCUGGUCUACCAGGACGAGUUUUUCAUGUCCUCGCAGAUCAAGAUCCCGUCCGACACAUUGUCCCUCUACCCGGCCUUCGACAUCUACUACGUGUACGGCUUCUCCAGCCGCACCUACGUCUACUUCCUGACGCUGCAGCUGGACACGCAGCUGACGCAGAUGGACGCCGGCGGAGAAAAGUUCUUCACCUCCAAAAUCGUCCGGAUGUGUUCCAAUGACACCGAGUUCUACUCGUACGUCGAGUUUCCUCUCGGCUGCACCAAAGACGGCGUGGAGUACCGGCUGGUCCAGGCCGCCUACAAGCAGAAACCGGGGCGGCGCCUGGCGCAGGCGCUCGGCCUGUCGGAGGACGACGAUGUCCUCUUCGUCGUCUUCUCACAGGGUCAGAAGAAUCGCUCCAACCCUCCCAGAGAGACCGUCCUCUGUCUGUUCGGAGAGGAUCCGUUCCUGUUACCGCGGCGAGGGGGUAGGCUCUCGUUACCGUGGUUACUCAACAAGGAGCUGCACUGCAUCCACACGCCGAAACAGAUUGGAGACGAUUUCUGUGGUCUGGUGUUGAACCAGCCACUCGGAGGCCUGAGGGUCAUCGAGGGAAACCCGCUGUACGAGGACCGCACAGAGGGCAUGGGCGCCGUCGCUGCCUACACGUACGGAGAACACACGGUGGUGUUCGUGGGAACCCGGAGCGGACAGCUGAAGAAGGUAGGAGGCCGGGUGGAGGGCUGGAUGGAUGUUUGCUGCUGUUUGGUUUGAGUCUGAGGAGAAAAGCGUUUGGAGCUGCAGUGACAAAAGAAAUGUUUGUGUUUCAAACCGCUGAAUGUGUUUGUGCUGGGGUCUUUUUUGUUUUUUUGGGUGUUUUUUGGCGUGGGAGAGGCA